UCGGUAUUUGACGCGUGCCUCUGGAGCAUUUCGGGUCUUCCUAAAGGAGUGGUGGGCUUACAAUGGCGGAGCGUAGGAGAGGCGGCGGUGGUGGUGGAGGACGAGGCGGUCUCGGGCUUUACGAGGCGGCAGCCUCAGUUUUGGCAGGACUGGAAAAGGGGGAAGGAUCCCUGAAGAACCUCGUGUACGGAAGUAGUUUCCAGAGCCCUCGGCCGCUGUAUGCUCUCGUUUCAGAGACUCUGCGCUAUUCUGAUGUGCUGGACUCUAUCUUGGGCGCUGCUGGUUUGCUCCGCAUGGAAAAAAAGCUGCAACCACACCUGGCCAAGGUGCUGGCAUACGACUUACUCUUGGGCAAGGGGCUGCGCGGCGGAGGGCGUGGGAAGGUCCUGGUGUUGAAGCACCGAGCGCGGCUACAGGCCGAGCUUGCUCGCUUGAAAGUCCAGAAGAAGGUGAGCCGCAACGAAGACCUGCUGCCACCUGCAGGAGGAGCUGAACAAGCUCCUCAGGUGCCACGCUAUGUCCGGGUGAACACACUGAAAACACACCUGGAUGACGUUGUGGAUUAUUUCAAACGGCAGCAGUACGUUUACCAGGGCAAGGCUGGCAGCAUGGAGGAAGUGAGCUCCUUGUCUGGAAAGAAGUUCUAUCUGGACCCCCACCUUCCUGAGCUGCUGAUCUUUCCCCCACAAAUGGACUUCCAUGACAAUCAGCUGUACGUGGCAGGGCAUAUUAUCCUGCAAGACAAGGCUAGUUGUCUCCCUGCUUUUCUUCUCAACCCACUGCUGGGGUCCCAUGUGAUCGAUGCCUGCGCUGCACCUGGUAACAAGACCAGCCAUCUGGCUGCUGUCAUGAAGAACAAGGGCCGAAUCUUCGCCCUCGACCGAGAUGCCAAGCGCCUGGCCACCAUGAGCACGAUGUUGAUGCGGGCUGGGGCCACCUGCUACCAGCUGGCACACCAAGACUUCUUGACCACAGACCCCGCUGACCCCAAGUACAGCCAAGUGAGAUACAUCCUUCUGGACCCUUCGUGCAGUGGCUCAGGAAUGGCCAGCCAGUUGCCAGUGGAGAACACCUUGCUUCCAGAGAGGUUGCAAGCACUGGCUGGAUUUCAGAAAAAAAUGCUGGCUCACGCCUUGAGUUUUCCUGCUCUCCAGCGUCUGGUUUAUUCCACAUGCUCAGUGUACCAGGAGGAGAAUGAAGACGUGGUGUGGGAUGUGCUGCAGCAGCGGGAAAAAGAGUUCAGGCUGGUGCAGGCCCUGCCCUCCUGGUCCCAUCGGGGUUCAGGCACCUUUGCUGAGGCCAAAUUCUGCCUCCGUGCAUCCCCAAAGGAAACUCUGACAAAUGGGUUCUUUGUUGCAGUAUUGGAAAGGUGGCAUGGAGGAGCCUCUGAAAAAAGUUCCACAGCUGUACUCCCCAAGGCUGAAAACACUGCAGAAGACUCUUGCCCUGUUCCCAAAGGGAGGAUGAAACAGGCAAGAGGUGCCUUGUGAGCUUGUUUCUGGAGCCAGAUGAGACCAAGACUGCCUGUAUGAACUCCAGCAUGGUGGGCUGAGACAGUGAAGAGAGCUUGUAGCUGUAAUAAAAGAAGGAAAAUUGACAGCCUAGAUUUUU